UAGGAUUUAGGAUCCAGUCUUUUUAUUAUUCCACAUCCACAACCUUCAACAACAAACAAACCAUGAGCACUCCUGCCAAGCAGCACAUGCCCCAUGCGAGCAGCAACACUGUGAUUAGCUCGAUUCUCACGUCGCUGACCAACGCGCCAUCAGGCUCCACUCCCGCCAGCAACGCCGCCAGCAACAACAACAGCAACAACGGCAAUGGCCAUGACGUUGAACUCGACAUUUGCAACGACCUCGAAAACUACGGUCUGCGCGCCCACUCGAUCGCGUACAAUGCAUCGACUGCGUUCCUGUACGAGGAGGCCCUCAUCAACGAGAAGGGCACCCACAUCACCAGCAAGGGUGCGCUCGCCACCUUCUCUGGCGCCAAGACUGGCCGCUCGCCCAACGACAAGCGCGUCUGCACCAACGAGGACAUUUGGUGGGGCCCCGUCAACAUCAAGCUUGACGAGAGCUCGUUCAUGAUCAACCGCGAGCGCGCCGUCGACUACCUCAACAUGAAGGACCGCCUCUAUGUUGCCGACUGCUUUGCCGGCUGGGACGAGCGCUACCGCAUCAAGAUUCGCGUCAUUUGCGCUCGCGCCUACCACGCGCUCUUCAUGCAAAACAUGCUCAUCCGCCCCACCCCCGCCGAGCUCAAGAACUUUGGCGAGCCAGACUACACCAUCUACAAUGCCGGCGAGUUCUGCGCCAACCGUUACACCAAGGGCAUGAGCUCUGCCACCAGCGUCUCGAUCAACUUUGAGCGCAAGGAGAUGGUCAUCCUUGGCACCCAGUAUGCUGGAGAAAUGAAGAAGGGCGUCUUCACCAUCAUGCACUACCUAAUGCCCAAGCGCGGCGUCCUGUCGCUCCACUCGUCGGCCAACGAGGGCCCAGACGGCGACGUCACCCUCUUCCUCGGCCUGUCGGGCACUGGCAAGACCUCCCUGUCUGCCCAUCCCUCGCGCAAGCUUAUCGGCGACGACGAGCACUGCUGGACUGAUCGCGGCGUCUUCAACAUUGAGGGCGGCUGCUACGCCAAGGCCAUCGAUCUGUCCGAGGCCAAGGAACCCGAGAUUUUCAACGCCAUCCGCUUUGGUACUGUUGUCGAGAACGUGCGCUUUGACGAGUACUCGCGCGAGGUCGACUACUCGGACUCGUCCAUCACCGAGAACACGCGCGCCGCCUACCCCAUCGAGUUUAUUCCCAACGCCAAGAUCCCCUGCGUCGGCGGCCACCCUAGCAACAUUAUCCUGCUCACCUGCGACGCGUUCGGCGUUCUGCCGCCAGUAUCGCUCCUCAACACGGAGCAGGCCAUGUACCACUUCAUCUCCGGCUACACCGCCAAGGUUGCCGGCACCGAGGAGGGCGUCACGGAACCCACCGCCACCUUCUCGGCCUGCUUCGGCCAGCCCUUCCUCGUCUGGCACCCGACCCGCUACGCCGCCAUGCUUGCCGAGAAGAUGAAGGAGCACAAGGUCAACUGCUGGCUCGUCAGCACCGGCUGGUCUGGCGGCAAGCACGGUGUUGGCAAGCGAUUGAGCAUUGCCUACUCGCGCGCCAUCAUUGACGCCAUCCACUCUGGCGAGCUGGCCAAGGCAGAGUACGCCACCAUGCCCGUUUUCAACCUGCGCAUUCCCACAAAGUGCACUGGCGUCCCCGCCGAAAUCCUCAACCCCAUCAACACCUGGAGCGACAAGGCCGACUACAACAAGACUGUCGAGAAGCUUGCCAACCUCUUCAUUGCCAACAUGCAAAAGUACGCCUCGCAGGAGACCCCUGAGAUUCUCAAGGCUGGCCCCGUUCUUCCUUAAAAGUGUGUUUUGGAUGGUUUGUGUGAGAUUUUUGUUUUGUGUGUUGUUGGGGUUGGUUUUAUGAUUUUCCGUAGCAUCGAGCUUCGAUUUACUACAGGUUGUUUCUUAUUUUCAAACCCCUCGACUCUUUCACCAAAUUGUAGUUCAGCAGUGUCC